UACAGACGGUCAAGCAGCAAAAGCUGCAGAGACCAGCCCAAUGGGACAGGCACUCCGUCAAUGUACUUCAUUGUUUGCCCAGAGGAGCUGUGUGCGGGAAAACUAAUACAUUACUCUUGCUUACGUUUUUAUCCAUAGGUUCUCUACCGUUUUUUUUAUACCAGUGGUCUCUACGCGUGAUUUUUGAUUAUUCAUCCUUCAACUUUCACUUAUGAUUGGCGAUUAUGGGGCAAACGUGUGGUUUCUCUGUGGGAAACAUCGUUUUGGUCCUCCUGCUGUUGUGUGAAGGGUCAGUUGGGCUCUACUUCCCCCAGAAUCAGUACAAGGAGACUGUGUACGUCGGGCAGUCUGCAGGGACACCCGUGCUCCAGGUCCACGCCAUGGUGGAGAGCAACUCUCAACGGCCCCACUUCUACCUGUGCUACCUGAGGCCUCCAACCUAUGCCCCGUGGUUCCACCUGGACGAGACCACAGGGAUACUCUCCAUGAAUAAGACCCUGGAGUGGAGCGACUUUGACUCUGCAUACAAGUUUUGGAAGCUGCCGCUGAGUGUCAUUGCUGCGACCAGACCAUUGAAGAAGUUCCUCUGUGGCCUCAGCCACCCCACCGUACAAGUCAGCCUGACCUUCAUCAAUGACACGGCGCCACCGUGUGGCCAGACCAGACCAGAGCUGAAGAAACUGUGCUUCCCCGACAAAGACCUGAGCUCCCACAUUAAGGAGAACAGGUUCCCCGGGGCCCUCCGCCAGCUCAGACAGCUCACCAGGCUUAACGUCUGCCCCAACUACACCAUCUCCUACAGUGUAGAAUCCGAUGUUCCAGCCCCAUUCGCUGUGACUGACAACACCACUGAGUUGGUAGUGACUGCCCCAUUGGACCGCGAGGAGAGGGAGACAUACAGUCCCAUGCUGAUCUGCACAGUGCAGACUGACACGAUGAUAGACACCUUUUUUGUUACACUGCAUAUCAUCGUCUACGACGAGGACGACAAUGCACCUUAUGUCAGUGGAACAGGCACAGAGGACGUGGUGCUGGAAUUUGAUCGCAAGCAGGGAAGUUAUUUUGGCAACUUGGUUGUCUAUGAUAGAGACACAACACCCAGGUAUCCCAAAUCCCAGAGUCAGAACAGAUUUGUCGGAAAUGUGAUGACCAAUGACUCAUGGAUAGAUGAAAUGUUCGCCAUAGAGUACUCUUUCAAAGAAGAGAAGGCCAUUUUUGGCAACGUCCGAGGCACUGUUCAUGAGUUCCGGCUUGCACUGAAGAAGAAUUUGUCUGUAACCGAGAAUAGGACCUUCCAGCUGGAUUACCUGGUCAAUGACACUACAUACCCCCGUCCGGAGGGAACUGUGAUGCUGCACUACAAUAUCACCAUCUUACCUGUCCCCAUCCACUUCACCAAUGUGACGUACCUCUUCGCCCUAACACGUAGAGCUAAUGUCUACUCCCAGGUCGGUAGGAUUUGUGUGGACAACAGCCUGAAGUUCCAGGGCAUCAAUGUCACAUACCGGCUAGCAGUAGCAGAGAAGACAGAGAAUGUGUCCGACGACAUACAGUCAUGCUACGCUGCGAUUAGCAUUGCACAGAGCCUCAAGGACAUGGUGGGGGUGCUAUAUGUGAACGACACAGAGGCGCUUCGCAGGCCAGAGUGCCAGGACCUGCAGUAUUUGGUUAUUGCUCAAGAGCAACAGAAUCUGCUGCAGGCUAGCACUCAGAUCCUCAUUGUGCUCGAUAGCGAUAUUGAUAAGCAGGGCCUAGAGGACCAGCGGUUCCUCUCCUGUGCAAAGGGAAGACAGCGUGGGGAUUGUGAGAACAUCAGAGGCCUGGGGGCAACCACAGGGAGGUGCCAAUGGAGACAGGGCUCUGCAAAAGGAAUAUCAGAAAGUUAUUCCACCUGCUCCCCUGACCUCCGCACGUGCCCUGAUGGCUUUUGUGAUGCAGUUGAAAGCAAAGACGCAUCAAUUUGUCCUCAGGAUUGUACACUUGAACCCGUUAUAGGUGGUCAUGAGAAGGGCAUCAUGUCUGGCAUUAGAGCCGGCCAUGGAACCUGCUACUGCUACUCUGAAAAAUGCUUCUGUGAGAAGGAUGAUGUAGAGGAGGCCAUGUGUGACGAGGUCUGCAAGACCAUCAUUGCCACCGCCGUGCUGCUCUCCUUCAUCGUCUCCAUCCUCCUGUCCUCCUACUUCAUCCAUCGUUACCACAAGAACUCCCCCAAGCCGCCCAUCACCUCGGCUGAGAUGACCUUCCGGCGGCCCGCACAAUCCUACCCAAUCAGCUACUCCGCUAACAACAUGCGCCGCGGCUCGUUGGACUCCAUGGAGAACCAAGUAGCCAUUGACACCUUCAAAAUACCUGAGGAUCCCAAAUGGGAAUUUCCACGCAAAAACCUGGUGCUGGGCAAAACGUUAGGAGAAGGGGAGUUUGGGAAGGUUGUCAAGGCGACUGCAUUCCGGCUGAAAGGAAAGGCUGGUUACACCACAGUAGCUGUGAAAAUGCUUAAAGACCACGCCUCACAUAGUGAACUGCGGGACCUCCUGUCAGAAUUCACCUUACUGAAGCAAGUCAACCAUCCACACGUCAUCAAGAUGUAUGGAGCCUGCAGCCAGGAUGGUCCAAUGUAUCUGAUUGUAGAAUAUGCCAAAUAUGGGUCACUGCGCAACUUCCUGCGUGAGAGCCGAAAGGUGGGACCCAGCUACAUGUCAGGCAACGAUGCCAACCGCAACUCGAGCUACCUGGAGAAUCCAGAUGAGAGGGCACUCACCAUGGGCGACCUGAUCUCCUUCACCUGGCAGAUCUCCAGGGGCAUGCAGUACCUGGCUGAAAUGAAGCUUGUUCACAGGGACCUCGCUGCAAGAAAUGUCCUWGUUGCGGAGGGCCGUAAGAUGAAGAUUUCAGACUUUGGUUUGUCCCGGGACGUGUAUGAGGAAGACUCAUAUGUGAAGAGGAGCAAGGGUCGAAUCCCAGUGAAAUGGAUGGCAAUAGAAUCCUUGUUUGAUCACAUUUACACAACACAAAGUGACGUCUGGUCCUUUGGUGUGCUGUUGUGGGAGAUUGUGACACUGGGUGGAAACCCGUACCCAGGCAUCGCCCCUGAACGCCUAUUUAACCUCCUCAAGACUGGCUACAGGAUGGAGAAACCAGAGAACUGUACUGAGGAAAUGUAUAAUCUGAUGCUUCGAUGCUGGAAACAGGAGUCAAACAAAAGGCCCAUAUUCAUAGACAUCAGCAAAGAACUGGAGAAGAUGAUGGUGAAAAACCGGGAUUACCUGGACCUGGCAGCGUCUACGCCAGCCGACACCCUACUGUACGACGACGCCCUCUCCGAAGAGGACACGCCCCUAGUGGACAGCAAUAAUGCCCCUCUCCCUCGAACCAUUCCCUCCACAUGGAUUGAAAACAAGCUCUAUGGCAUGUCAUACCCGAACUGGCCUGAGAAGAGCCCGGUACUGCUCAACAGACUUGAUGCCACUAACCCAGUCUUUACAAGAUAUGCCAAUGAUAGUGUUUAUGCAAACUGGAUGGCUUUGCCUUCACCCGCAAAAAUUGUGGACAAGCUUGAUAGUUAAAAGCAAAAAAACAUUGUAGAAAAUAAAGAUUCCUAAUUGGGUAGAUGUGUAUAUUUAUAUAAAACUGUACAUAUACAAUCUAAAGUUGGUGCCCAUUUAUUUCUGUUGCACGGGUAUUCCAAGUUAAAACAGGGGGAUUUCAAAAGUGCAUUUGCUGAAAAAUGGCUGGAAUUGCAUAGACCGUGUUUCAAGCAGCUCUUCGGUAUGUUAAUCAUUACCUCAAAGUCAUGUUGGCCAAGUAUCAUUGCAUGACCGUGUACCAGGUUGUAUGUCAAUGUUAAUGUCUUUCAAGUGCCUGUGCCGCUUCUACGAUAGCCUCCAAUUAGUAGUGUACGACUGUGAAGAUGUUGUUUCCAGACCAGAAAUGAAAGGGGACUUCUUUACCAUUACCUGUCCUAUAUUGUAGACCCGUGAGGUUAAGAUGGACAAAGAGUGGACACUGAGUUCAUUCAGAAAAACUGUAAAGUUUCUACUUCAUAUUUGAAAUGUAAAAGCCACUUUUGUCUUUCCUCUUUAAUAGAAUGUGGGCAUGUUCGGUGUCAAAGCUGCAGCUCACCAUUUGAUUCCUCGUAAUGGCAAUCUUUGUGCAACAAUUAGCUCGGAUUUUGAAAACAAAUGAGUGUCAUCAAUUGUUAUUUUAUCAUUAUGUGAUUAUGUUGCAAUCAAUAAAAGUUCAAAUAUGUGCGAUCUAUUUAUAUGCUAGGCUCCCUCUUCUCUCUUUCUUUCAUCAGAUGUAAUAAUGUAAAAAAUAAUGGAAGCUUACAUUGUGAAUAAAACCUUAUUUAUCUGAAGCAGUCAGAAAACAUGACUUUCUUUCCGGUAAGACAUGCUUGGUAGAAUUAGAUUACCUUAUUAUUUAAUACAAAAUAUUUUGUGUGAGUCUGUUACUCUUUAAGAUUGGUUUGAUGUGGUUUUAGUUUUCAUUGGAGGAGGGCAGGAAGGGAAGUUCUAGUCUAACAUAAACAUUAACUUUCCAUGUCAACUUCCGAAGACCUAAAUCAUYGUUAUGAGGCAAAGGAAUUAUUAGACAGAACGUGUGCUCAGCAAUACUGUAUUAUCAUGAYACUGCAGAAUAUACAAUUAUUUUAGGGGAUGGAAAAUGGUUUAUGUGCCAUAUUGAAUUCCUUGAUUUGCCCUGUCAGAAUGACAAGCAUUUAAUAAAGGAUAUUGGCUUGUUA